AGGUAUUUAAACGCCGGAGCAGGACAGCACAGGCGAAGCUCUGAACUCCCCGAGAGUGGAGGUAGGACAGGGAGAGGAAGCCGAAGAACAGAGUUCCUGACAGCUAAGCCCACACAUUCACACACAUAAAUAUUGCACAUACAAACACACACACACACACACACACACACAAAGACGUACACACCCUCACGCAGCCACUUUUGGACUUUCGACUCAUCUGUGGACUCCAAAACCCGUCCUCUGGAGCUCUACCUGUGCCGUCCUUGCUCCCACUCACCACUCUCUUCACCUCUUAACCUCCGCUCCCCUCGGCACCUCUCGUGGUGAGGGCAGAUGGCCACGGCGAGGGCCUCUCUCGGGGGUGCUUUGGGCUGUGCCCUGCUCGCUCUGGUCCUGGGGAGCAGCAGCAGCAUGGAUUUCGGGGCGCCCCCCGCGAGCUUCUACCCCCGUUUCAACCCUUUCUUCUUCCUGUGCACCCACCACGGGGAGCUGGAGGGAGCCGGGGUCGCGGAAGGCGGGGGAGAGGUGCUUCUCACCUUGCAAAUCACGGGCAACCCCAUCACCUACACCCCUGGACAGGAGUAUCAAGUAACCGUCUCUACCAGCGUGUCUUUUGAUGGUCUGCUGGUGACCGGCCUGUACACCUCCACGCCGGUCCAGUCGGCUCCCAUUCCUGCUCCAGCCGCUUUUGGAUUUGGUGUGAUGCCGGACCGUCAGUUUGGUGGCACCCAGUUCGUCUGCAGCGUGGUGGCUUCCCACGUCAGCCACCAGCCCUCCACCAGCUUCAGCUUCGUGUGGAUCGCCCCACCGCCCGGCACCGGCUGCGUCAAUUUCCUAGCCACGGCAACACACCGAGGACAGAUUCUCUUCAAGGAUGCGUUGGCCCAGCAGCUCUGCGAGCAGGGAGCACCAACUGAGUCCCCACUGAGACCUAGCCUAGUGGAGCUCCACGGGAAACACGCCGUGCUGCGUGACGACUUUGACUCCAACCUGCAAGGAGAGCUGGACCCCAGCAUCUGGUCUGAGUGCAGCAACUGUGAGGUGGGAGAGCAGUGCGGCGUGCUGAUGCAUGGCAGAGCGGUCACUUUCUGCGAGCCCUUUGGGGAGCGAACGCUGACCACCGUACCUCUCAAUACCAGCACAGCCUCAGUCCUGCAGUUUGCCCUCGGCUCAGGCUCCUGCCGGUUCAGUUACUCAGACCCCAGCAUCACUGUGUCCUACAGCCUUAGCAAUAACGCCAACACCUCCGAUGACUGGAUCACACUGGAGAAGAUCAGAGCUCCUACCAACAGCAGCACUGUCGUCCACCUGCUUCCCCUUCCACAUUCCUCCAGAGCUGAUGGCGUGCGUCUGCGUUGGUCUCAGGAGACGCCUCAAGGCCCUGAAGGCUACGAGUCCUGCUGGGGUCUGGACAAUCUUCUUCUGAUCAACGCUGCCCACAAAGUUCCCCUGUUGGAGGACAACUUGGAUCCUCUGGACACUGCCAACUGGCUGUUCUUCCCUGGAGCUACUGUCAAGCACGCUUGUCAAUCCGAGGGCAACGCCUUGUAUUUUCAUGGUGGCGAAGGAGCUGGCUACAGCUUCGCCUCCACCAGAGACAUCGACCUGCACCGGGAGGAGGGAAGGAGCUACUGGGAGGAGGACUUUGAGAGCCCACCUUCCAACUGGGACAUUGAGGGAGCCGUCUACGGAACCCAGUGUGGAGAGAUUGAGUCGGGCUCAGCGCUUGUGUUUGAGAAGGAGGGCCGGAGGAGAGUUUGCACGCCCUACAUCGACACAACAUCUUAUGGAAACCUGCGCUUCUACUUCAGCAUGGGUGGUGGCGACUGUGAUCCAGGAGAGUCCCAUGAAAAUGAUGUGAUUCUGUUCGGAAGGGCUGAAGGCAGGAGGGAAAGAGUGGUGCUCGACACCCUUCCAUACUCUUCUUACAGGACUCCUGAAGUAGUAUCUGUGGCGCUGCCAACCGAGAUGCAAACGCCGGUCACCCAGUUCUGCCUGGAGCAGCGCUCACAUGGCGGGGCCAACCGUCACGUGUGGGCCGUGGACUUCAUGCAGCUGCUCCCCGUGCUGCCUGGCACCAACACACAUGUUGCUCAGUUCUCCAUCAACCUUGGCUGUGGCUCCUACCAGCCUGCCAACAGUGUCGGCCUGGAGUUUUCAACCAACCACGGUCGUUCCUGGUCUCUGCUUCACACCGAGUGUCUGCCAGAGCUGUGUGCUGGACCUCAUCUACCUCACAGCACCAUCUAUUCUUCUGACAACUACAGCGGGUGGACGAGAAUCUCUAUUCCCCUGCCCAACGCUGCCUUGACUGACACCACUCGGUUUCGCUGGAAGCAGUCUGGCACUGGAACGGGCAACAUGUGGGCCGUAGACAAUGUGUAUAUUGGCCCUGCCUGCCUUCGUUUCUGCUCUGGGAGAGGACAUUGUUCGCGCACUGGCUGCAAAUGUGACCCAGGAUUCAGUGGUCCAGCUUGUGAGCUUGCCUCCCAGACCUUCCCAGCCUUCCUGUCCGAGGGCUUCUCCAGCCCACGGCUCUCAUCCUACCACAGCUUCUCCUCGCUCCGUGGAGCGGAGGUCAGCUUUGGAUGUGGGGUGCUGGCCAGUGGCAAGGCUCUGGUCUUCAACAGAGACAGCAGGAGACACUUGGUCACUGCUCCGCUGGACAGUUCCCAGGCCAGGUAUUUACAGUUCACUCUCCGGCUGGGCAGUCGCAGCAUCCUGAGCUCAUGUCCUGCUCCGGACCAGCCAGGAGAGGGCGUCCUGCUGCAUUACUCCUCAGACAACGGCAUCACCUGGACGCUGCUGCAGCACUACGCAUACCAAGGCUUCCAUGAGCCAAGGAUCGUGUCGGUUGAACUCCCGUCUGGUGCCCGUAAGUUCGGAGUGCAGUUCCGCUGGUGGCAGCCUUACCAUUCAGGCCGUGGCCACGAUGUGUGGGCCCUGGAUGAAAUCAGCAUGACCUCCGUUCUCUUCAACACCAUCAGCCUUGACUUCAGCAACGUGCUGGACGUCACCCAGAGUCUCGGUUUCUAUCUUGGCCACGUCCAGCCUUACUGCCAGCACGACUGGACCCUCAGUUUCUCUGGUGAGCCCAGCCCCGGCUCCAGCAUCAGAUACGUGGAAACGCAGUCGAUGCAGAUCGGAGCCUCCUACAGUCUGCAGUUCUCGCUGGUGAUGGGCUGCGGACGCGAGCCGUCCCCUCACAUUGACACUCAGGUCCGCCUGGAGUUCUCCACCAAUCACGGCCUCACCUGGCAUCUGGUCAAAGAGGCCUGUUUACCUGGAAUGCCAAGCUGCUCUGAGUUUACAGCUCCCAGUGUCUACCACCCAUCGGAGUUCAAAAACUGGAGACGCAUCACUCUGUCUCUGCCACAGAAGACAUGGUCCAGUGCGACCCGGUUCCGCUGGAUCCAGAACUACUAUGGGGAGCAGGAUGAAUGGGCCCUGGACGACAUCUACAUCGGCCAGCAGUGUCCCAACAUGUGUCACGGACAUGGCUGGUGUGACCAUGGGCAUUGCAGGUGUGAUGAUGGUUUCUCUGGAACAGACUGCCAGCCCUCCUCCCCACUCUCCUCCAGCGUACUCUCUGACUUUGAGUCCCAGGAUGCACUGCUGGCCACAUGGCAGGAAGUGAUAGGUGGAGAGGUCGUCACACCUGACAUGGGCUGUGGGGUGGUCUCAUCUGGAUCCUCCCUGUACUUCAGCAAGGCUGGGCUGAGGCAGCUCGUCAGCUGGGACCUGGACACUGAGUGGGCGGAGUUUGUGCAGUUCUACCUGCGUGUGGGUGGAGACUGGGCGGAGUGUAACCAGGCGGACAGCAGGGAGGAAGGAGUUCUGCUGCAGUACAGCAACGACGGAGGCAUUAGUUGGGGCCUGAUUGCUGAGAUGUACUUCACUGACUUCACCAAGCCUCGCUUUGUCCAUUAUGAGCUUCCUUUGGCCUCUAAAACACCCUCCACAAGGUUUCGAUGGUGGCAGCCCCUUCACUCCGGGGAUGGCUAUGACCAGUGGGCGAUUGACGACGUUAUAAUUUUGUCAGAGAGGGAGAAACACAUCAUCCCCAUGGCCAAUCCCACUCUACCACAGAACUUUUACGAGAAGCCAGCAUUUGACUACCCUCUGAACCAGAUGAGCGUUUGGUUGAUGUUGGGCAAUGAAGGCAUGGAGAGGGAAAGCAACAACAGCUUCUGCGCCCCCACUCCCUCUGCAAUGGUGUUUGGGCGCUCUGACGGGGACAGGGUCGCUGUCACCAGGGACCUGGCUCUGCGCCCUGGCUACACCCUUCAGUUUAAGUUGAACAUAGGCUGUGAAUCAGAGUUCAGCUCAUCUGCCCCAGUCCUGCUGCAAUACUCCCAUGACGCCGGCCGUACCUGGGCCCUGGUGGGGGAGGGCUGUUACCCAGGAACCCCCGGGGCUGGAAUAUGUGAGGGCAGCGGCCGUGAGCUCAAAGAACCCACUGUCUACAACACCGGAGACUACGAACAGUGGACAAGGGUCACUGUUGUCGUGCCGCGCAAUGUUGCAGCCAGUAAAACCAGGUUCCGUUGGUUCCAGGAGAGCAGCAUGCACAGAGAUGCUCCACCAUUUGCUUUGGAUGGUGUCUACAUCUCUGAGCCCUGUCCAAACCACUGUGGGGGACAUGGGGACUGCAUCUCGGGUGUUUGUUUCUGUGAUAUGGGAUACACAGUGGAGCAGGAUAGCUGUGUCCCGUCUGUGGCCAGUCCUACGGAGCUGACUGAGGGAUUUGAGGGGAAGCUGAGUCCACUGUGGCAGAGCCUGAGUGGGGGACAAAUUGGAGGCGGCUGUGGCAUCAUUGGUGAGGGCAAGGCCCUUUACUUCAGUAGCCCUGGGCGGAGAGAAGCACGCACUGUGCCUUUAGACACCACCAACACUCGGUUGGUUCAGUUUUACAUCCGAAUUGGCAGCAAGAGUUUGGGACCCACUUGCACCAGGCCUCGCUCUCGCAAUGAAGGCGUCAUUGUCCAGUUUUCUACCAACAAUGGAGUCCAGUGGCAGUUCCUGAGAGAGCUGGACUUCAGUUCCUUCCUGGAGCCCCAAGUGGUGACUAUAGAGCUUCCAUCUCCAGCUAAAACCCCCUACACAGUGUUUCGAUGGUGGCAGCCACAGCAAGGGAAACACUCGGCCCAGUGGGCUCUGGACGACGUCCUGAUUGGCAUGAACGACAGCUCCAGAACCGGCUUCCAUGACAAGUUUGACGGCACGACCCCUCUGAGGCACAACUGGUACCGUAUCCAGGGCGGGGAGGUGACGGUGGACUGCCUGUCUCUAGACACAGCGCUUACCUUCAACUCCGAGGCCAUUGAUAAGAAGCCUAGAUACGCAGAGAGCUGGGACUUUGAGGUGUCGGGCUCAUCAUUCCUGCAGUUUGAGCUGAGUAUGGGCUGCAGUAAGUCCACCUCCUUCUCCCACGGCGUGCGCCUGGAGUACUCCACGGACUGUGGCCGUCACUGGUCCCUCAUCACGCCAGAGUGUGUGCCCCCAGCUAUCGGCUGUGCUGGUUACACUCAGAGCUCCAUCUACACAUCAACCCAGUACAAACACUGGAGGAGGAUCACCGUGUACCUGCCCAGCGCUGCUAAUUCUCCCAGAACUCGGUUCCGUUGGAUCCAGACCCACUUCACCCCAGGUGCAGAAGGGUGGGCUCUAGAUAACGUGUUACUGGCCCCUGGCUGCCCCUGGAUGUGCUCUGGACAUGGACUCUGUGACAAUGGACGCUGUGUGUGUGAUAAGGGUUAUGGAGGGGCUCAUUGUGUGCCUUUGGCCCCGCUGCCGUCUGUGCUGAGAGAGGACUUCAAUGAAAAUUUGCAGCAGGAGACGUGGCCUGAGGUGUAUGGAUCAGAGAGGGGAACUCUAAGCGGAGAGCCUCUUAAAUCUGGCACUGCCCUUAUUUUCAAAGGGGAUGGUUUACGAAUGAUAGUGUCCCGGGAUCUGGACUGCACAAACACUCUUUACAUCCAGUUCUCCUUCAAAUUCAUCACUAAAGGUGUCCCAGAGCGCUCCCAUUCAGUGCUGCUGCAGUACUCUGUGAAUGGAGGAAUCAGCUGGCUGCUGUUGGAUGAGUUUUACUUCCCAGCUUCUACGGACACCCUGUUCCUCCACCUGCCACUGCCAGCCAGCGCUCAGACCAACGCCACCCGAUUCAGGCUCUGGCAGCCUUACAACAGCGGUAAGAAGGAGGAGGUGUGGGUGAUAGAUGAUCUCAUCAUCGAUGGCAGCUCCUUACACAACCCACCGGUGGUGACUGACAGUUUUGAGGACGGCCCCAAUGAGUCCAACUGGCUGUUCUCUCCCGGGGGAAACACUGGUCUCUAUUGCCCCUACCAGAAGACUGACAUGGAGGAGGAUGAGUCAGCUAUGGUGUUCGUCUCGAGUGAGCUCGGAGAGCACUCCAUUACCACCAGGGACAUUGACGUAAACGAGAAUACCAUCAUCCAGUUUGAGAUUAAUGUUGGCUGCACGGCUGAAAGCUCUUCUGCGAACCCAGUGCGUCUCGAGUUCUCACGGGACUUUGGCGCCACAUGGCACCUUUUGGUGCCCCUGUGUGCUGGCGGACCCCAGCCCUCCUCCCUCUGCUCCACAGAGCUUCACCCUGCCAGCAUAUAUUUCCCUGGCACUACUCAGGGCUGGAGGAGGGAGGUCAUUCACUUUGGCAAGCUUCGCCUCUGUGGGUCAGUAAGGUUCCGCUGGUAUCAAGGUUUCUUCUCAACUGGUUCUUCGCCUCCAACAUGGGCACUAGAUAAUGUCUACAUUGGCCCACAGUGUCAGGACAUGUGUAAUGGUCACGGGGCUUGUGUGGGUGGCACUCAUUGUGUGUGUGACCCUGGCUACUCUGGAUCCGACUGCUCUGUGCCUGACACCCCCAACCCUGACUUCCUCAAAGAGGACUUUGAAGGAGGAGCUGUGGACGCUGAGCGUUUUACGCUCCUGAGUGGUGGUAAACCAUCCAGGAAGUGUGGCAUCAUGUCUAGUGGGAACCACUUGUUCUUCAGUGAGGACGGCUUACGCAUGUUGGUCACCAGUGACAUGGACCUGUCAAAUGCUAGGUUUGUUCAGUUCUUCCUGCGCCUCGGCUGUGGUAAAGCGGCUCCAGACCCUCGCUCCCAGCCGGUUCUGCUGCAAUACUCAGUAGAUGGAGGUCUGAUGUGGGGACUCCUGCAGGAAUUUCUUUUUAGCAACAGCAGUAAUCAGGCUCGUCUGGUGGCUCUGGAAAUCCCACUGCGUGCCCGCACCUCUUCUACUCGCCUCCGCUGGUGGCAGCCCUCUGAGAACGGACACUUUUACAGCCCAUGGGUCAUUGACCAGGUGGUGGUUGGUGGCAGUGCCAGUGGCUGGGGGCCUCUUGAAGAUGACUUCUCCUCAAUUGAUGGGCGCUCUUGGCUCCUCCACCCCGGCGGGACUCGAAUGCCUGUUUGUGGCUCUGACGGACCUGCUUUCGCAUUUAUAGAGAAGUCCAACACGCGCUACGCUGUUACCACUGACAUCAGUCUGGGACAAGACGCCUUCAUCCAGUUUGACUUUUCUGCGUCCUGCUCUGUCACAAACUCCUGCUACUCUGUAGAGUUGGAGUAUUCUCUGGAUCUGGGUUUAAACUGGCAGCCUCUGGUCAGAGAUUGUCUGCCUACAAGCCCCGACUGCUCCUCGUACACUCUGCAGCGACUUCUGGUUUCUGACACCUACAACAAGUGGGGCCGUGUUACCCUGCCUAUCCCGUCAUAUGCCAGGUCUCCAGCCACUCGGUUCCGCUGGUUCCAGCAGGCUCCCUUUGACAAGCAGCAGACGUGGGCUCUGGAUAACCUCUACAUUGGAGAUGGCUGCCCAGAUAUGUGCUCUGGACACGGACGCUGCCAACAGAGCUCCUGUGUGUGUGACCCAGAGUGGUGGGGUGAGUAUUGCGAUGAGCCCGUGGUUCCUCUUCCCUCCCAGCUGAAGGACAGCUUCAGUCGAGCGCCCUCUCUCAGUCACUGGCACCUACUCACCGGUGGAAAGCUCAGCACUGUGUGUGGGGCUGUGGCCUCUGGAGCUGCUCUGCACUUCAGUGGGAGCUGUAGCCGUCAGCUGGUGACAGUGGACCUGAAUCUGACCAACGCUGAGUUCAUCCAGUUCUACUUCAUGUACGGCUGUAUGAUACCGCCUGGUAACCGCAACCAGGGCGUCCUUCUGGAGUACAGUUUGAAUGGAGGAAUCAACUGGCAUCUUCUGACAGAGAUAUUUUAUGAUCUGUACACCAAGCCUGGGUUUGUGAAUGUGCUGCUGCCCCCUGCUGCCCGCCAGGAAGGAGUCCGUGUGCGCUGGUGGCAGCCACAGCACGAAGGAGCCGACCACAGUGAUUGGGCUCUGGAUAACGUCCUUAUCGCAGGCUCAGACCCACGGGCGCAGAUCACUGACACAUUUGGAGGGGUAGCGUUGCCUAACCAUGAGAGAGCCCCUGCUGAUGGAACUUCAGGAAGGAUAGGUCAACCGAGUGAGCAAGAAGAAACACCAAUAGUGAGUGCUCACUGGUUGUUCUCAGAGGACUGCUCAGUGCAGCGCUUUUGCAGCUCACCUGAUGGUGUGAUGGUGUGUGGAAAUGCUGAUGGGAGAGAGGUGUAUGCUGUCACACAUGAUAUCGUUCCUGACAAAGGCUGGGUCAUGCAGUUUAAGAUUGCUGUGGGCUGCAUUGUGCCCGAGCGUCAUGCAGAUCGGCAAGUUCAUGUUCAGUAUUCGGUAGAUUUUGGGGUGACCUGGAAGUACCUGGUUCCUCAGUGUCUACCUGCCGACCCCCGCUGUGGUGGUCAGGUCUCGCAGCCAUCGGUCUUCUUCCCUGCUGAAGGCUGGAAGAGGGCAGUCUAUCCCCUCCCUGACAGCCUGGCUGACACCUCGGUGCGAUUCCGGUUUUACCAGCAGCACUCGGACAUUCAGUGGGGUGUGGAGAACUUUUACAUCGGGCCAGCCUGUGAUAGCCACUGUGGGGGACAUGGGGACUGUCUGGAUCAGCGCUGUCUGUGCGAUCCAGGAUUCACAGGACCAAACUGCUAUGCCAGCACUGCUCUUAAGGCAUCUCUAAAAGAGCGCUUUGACUGGGAAGGGGCGGCAGCAGGCCCUCAGUGGCAGGUGCUGGAGGGCGGUAAGCCCUGCACAGACUGUGGAGUGUUGGUAGAGGGGACAGCGCUGUAUUUUGGUGGGGCUGAUGCCAGACAAGCAGUGACUGCUGAUCUGGACCUCCGUGGAGCCAAGUUUGUGGAAUACUGGGCCAGGAUCGGAAGUGAAGAUAACAUGACCAUGUGCCACCGUCCAACUUGUCGCAAAGAGGGAGUGCUGCUGGACUACUCUACUGAUGGAGGUGUGUCCUGGAUGCUGCUGCAUGAGAUGGACUACCUGAAGUAUGUGUCAGUGAGGAGAGACUACAUUGUUCUACCAGAAGGAGCUCUGACCAAUGCCACUCGCCUGCGCUGGUGGCAGCCUUUCACCAUUUCCUCUGGUCUGGCCACACCAAGCCUGGAAAGAGCCCAGUGGGCCAUAGACAACAUCCUGGUGGGAGGGUCAGACAUUAACCCAUCCACCCUGCUUGACACCUUUGACGAUGAGGGUGUUUCCCAUGAGGAAAGUUGGAGUUUCUACCCUAAUGCUGUGAGAACAGCUGGCUUCUGUGGAAAUCCCUCCUUCCACCUUUACUGGCCAAACAAGAACCAAGACAAAACACACAACAUCCUGGCCACUCGAGAGCUCAUAGUGCAACCUGGAUAUAUUUUACAGUUCAAGAUUGUUGUUGGUUGUGAGGCGGAUACCUGUGAAGACCACCAUUCUGUCCUGCUGCAGUACAGGAAGGAUGCAAGGUCUGACUCAUGGCAGCUGGUACAGUCAGAGUGCCUCCCCUCCUCAGUCAACAACGUGGGCUGCUCUCCCUUCCAGUUUCAUGAGUCCACAAUCUACAGUCCAGUUAACAGCUCAACAUGGACACGGGUCACGGUCCAGCUACCAGACCACGUCUCCUCAGGUGCUACCCAGUUCCGCUGGAUUCAAAAAGAGGGGACGGGAGAGCGCCAGAGCUGGGGAGUGGACCACGUUUACAUUGGCGAGGCCUGUCCUGGGCUCUGCAGCGGCCACGGAUACUGCACCAGCGGAGUUGUCUGCAUCUGUGAUGAGGGACACCAUGGUGACGACUGCUCCCUCUCCAGCAGUGACCUGCCCAGCUCCAUAAAGGACAACUUUGAGUCUGGCAGUGUGUCUCAGGAGAGCUGGCAGCUGAUCCAGGGUGGGGGAGUGGGCAGCGGCUGUGGACAGCUGUCACCACACGCCCACGGAGACUCGCUUUAUUUUAAUGGCUGUAAGAUGAGGCAGGCAGUUACCAAACCGCUGGACCUCACUAGAGCCAGGUACAGUAAGAUCAUGUUUGUGCUGCAGAUCGGGAGUGUGGCACAGACAGACAGUUGUAACAUAGCUCUGGAUCAGGCGGACACAGUCGACCGGGCCGUGCUGCUACAAUACAGCGUCAACAAUGGGGUCAGUUGGCACGUUAUCGCCCAGCACCAGCCCAAAGACUUCAUAAAGGCCCAGAGAGUUUCCUACAACAUUCCACUUGAGGCGAGGGUUAAAGGGGUGAUGCUGCGAUGGUGGCAGCCACGACACGAUGGUGCAGGACACGACCAGUGGGCGUUGGACCAUGUGGAAGUAGUUCUUGUGAGCACACGUAAACAAAACUACAUGAUGAACUUUGCCAGACAGACCGGCAUGCGUCACUACUACAGCCGCAAGAGGCGGGCACUGCAGCAGCGUGCCUGAAUCCAGCCAGUGGGGACUCGUCCUCUGACCUGCCAAUCACACAUCGACCCGCCUACACACGUCCUCAUUCUCCUGAAGACAUAUCACCCUGUUGAGACCCAUUCACCGGUGGAUUCCAGUCAGCCUUAGACUUCCCUCCACACGUCCUACCCUCAAACACGGGCCACCCAAUCAGUUUACGCUCCGGCCAAUCAAGACCCGACCACACGGGUCGGCGGGAAUGAAACUCAGAAGGAAGGAGUGAAGCGGCCAUUUUGUUUACUUUUUUUCCUCAUGGAUGGUCGGGGUUUCUAGUUGUUUUGUAAUUGUUGCUGUGGUUCCUCCGAUUCCUGUGCCCAUCCGCGAUGUCCCCUCCCUCUGGUCCCCCUCCCCUCCCCGCCCUGCUUUUCCUGCCACACUGUGAAAUUGAGAGAUAAUAUAUCACUGCUGAACUGACCAGCCAAUUGGAGAGUAGCCUCCCAGUUCCACUGAGCCGCCAGGGUGGAGGACCGCUCCACUGUCUCCAAACAGGAGAAAGACCACAAUGAUGAUGUUGACCAUGAAGAGGAAUGACGGCGACGGAGAAGCGUAAAAAAAAAAAGGAAAAAAAAAAGAGUACUGUGUUCUUGCUGUUCUGUGUGUCUGUGGGUUCUUUUUGUGAUGAGUUGACUGUGGUGUUCUGUUCGUUUGUUCGUUCGUUUUCUACUAAUUCAUAUGCUUUUUGGGAGGGGGGGAAGGGAGGGGAGGGGAGGGCGGUGCAGGGUUCUGGGUUCUGUUUCUUUUUCCUCAUUUAUUUGGAUCAGGGGUGGCCGGGGCGAGAAGAGCCCAAACCACCACACCAAGAAGGAACAAAAGAACGAUUUGCACGACGACGGAAAGGAUAAAAAAAAAGAAAAUUAAAGACUGAACAGCGAUUUUAGUUUUUUGUUUUUUUUAAUCAUUUUUUUUAUAUAUGUUGGUUCCCGAAAAUACAGAUAUUUAUGGUAAAUGGUUCUUCACGUAACCUAUUUAAGAUGCACUGUGCGUGAAAUCUGUAUGUUAUUUUCUAGUGUUAAGUUAUUAGGCAGUCGAGUCAGGCUCUCGGACUGCAUCAUCUCCCCUCUUCCUUCACUUCCCUCUUCUCUUGUGCUGUUUCCCUCCUUCCCAUCCUCUCUCUCUCUCUAUCCCUAUCUCUCUUUAUCUCUCUCUCUCUCUCUGCUGAUUUCUGAUACCUGGAGGUGAGGCUCUAUCAGUGUUGUUUUUUGAAGUCUGUGUAAUAUGGACCCUCUGCCCUCAGUGUAACUCCAGUAUAGCAAUCUCCUGUAUAUAUAUGUAUAUCCACUAUGGGGAGACCCAGCAGCCUUAUAAAAGGGAAAUAAAGAACUGUCCAAACCUCAUACUGUACACACGGCUUCAGCUGCUCUCUUUCACUCUUAAAAGAUAAGCCUGGUUCUUGUCUAGCGUAUACUUUUCUUUACUGUCAAUAAAUCUCCACAGUGAACUA